AUGGAGUCUUCUAAUAACACCGAUGCAGUCAAUCUCGGAUUAGGAGAAGUCGAAGCUGAAAUCGGUGAAGAAUUAAAACAAUUGGAAGAAGUAUUAAAGGAUGCGUACGAUACACGAAGUGAGGUUUCAAGUUCGUCCUCGAGUGACUCGAGCAGUCCAAGUAUUAGUAGUGUAAGCACAAAAUCAAAAGAACGCCGUAGUAACAGAAAACGUGCUAAGUCCAAUAGUCAUUCUCCUGCUGAAACCAAACGUCGUCGCACAUCAGGAGCCGCCAAGAUUAAGACAUAUGACUAUAUGACGAAAUUAAAUUACUUGUUUAGGGACACCAGGUUUUUCUUGAUUAAAUCAAACAAUGCAGAGAAUAUAACUUUGUCAAAAGCCAAAGGGGUUUGGUCAACCUUACCCCAGAAUGAAGCAAACUUAAAUCAAGCUUACAGGGAAUCCAGAAAUGUUCUUUUAAUAUUUUCAGUUAAAGAGAGUGGCAAAUUUGCUGGUUUUGCUAGGCUAGGCAGUGAGUCUCGCAGAGAUGUCCCUGCAGUUUCUUGGGUGCUACCUCCUGGUUUAUCAGCCAAAGUGUUGGAUGGGGUGUUUAAAGUUGAUUGGAUAUGUCGAAAAGAAUUACCAUUCAGCAGUACACUUCAUUUAUACAAUCCUUGGAAUGAAGGAAAACCAGUGAAAAUAGGCCGAGAUGGACAGGAAAUUGAACCAAAGGUUGCUGAAGAACUAUGUAGAUUAUUCCCUGAAGAUGAAGGUAUAGAAAUGACUCCAAUUCUGAGAAAAUCAAAGGAAUCCUCUAAAAAAGGAUACCUCAAGAGUGGUACUUAUAGGACAUAUAGAGCACCUUUGUCUUCUCGGGGUGGUCAGUUUAGAAGCAGGAUUAUGAGUACUUCUAGACAAAGGCGUAAAGUUUUUUCUUCACCUAGAAGUCGUUUGGGGUCAUAUAAAAGAAGAUCACCUUCACCUUACUUGAGGGAUAGACUCCCGUCAUGGUUUGUUCGAGGACGAGAUAGUUAUGCCAGUAGUGGAUCAGCUGCUGCAGAAGCAUAUGUAGCAGAGUAUAUGAGAUCUAUGCAUCACCAGCUGCCUCCUUUACCUUAUGUGGCUCCACCUGGCUUUAGUGGUGCUCUUCCACCAUAUGAAGGGCUUCCUCCGCCUCCCCCUCCUCCACCUCGUUACUAUGAUUUGGGAGAGUACCCACGUUCAGUGCUUGUUUAUGAUAAAAGGUCAUAUGAACGUUCAGUUGAUGAAUUUCUUUGGCGUACAUCUGAUCGUUCUCAAGGUAGAAGUCGUGAUCGUGACUCACAUAGAUAUAGAGAUCGUCGAUAG